AUGAUGAUCACUGAACGAAAAGUGUGGUUCCAAAACCGUCGGAUGAAGGAUAAACGCCAGAAAGUUGGCGGAAUCGCCUGGCCACUGAUCCCCGUUCAGCUUAUGACAUGUGGGCGAAAGACGGGCAUUCGCGAUAUCCGCAGAUUCAUUUACGGACAACGUACAGUUGCACGAGAAGAACCAAUACGGAUAGAAAGCCGUCUUUCAGAGUGA